GUGCCGCAAUUACAGCUGCUUGAAGCCGUCCAGGACGACAAGGCGAAUAAAUUCAUCUGAGCUACGGAGCUGCAGCUGCUAAAAUGUCUCUUCAGGAAGAAUUUGAUAAGAUAGCAGAGGAUGUGAAGAAGGUGAAGACGAGGCCCACAGACCAGGAGCUGCUGGACCUUUACGGCCUUUAUAAACAGGCAGUCGUUGGAGACGUUAACACAGAUAGACCAGGAAUGAUGGAUUUAAAAGGAAAAGCCAAGUGGGAUGCCUGGAACUCCAGAAAAGGAAUGUCCAAGGACGAUGCCAUGUCAGCCUAUGUUGCACUGGGGAAGGAAAUCAUCAGCAAAUAUGGGAUGUGAGACUUGAAAUAAAUGAAAGUUGCACAGUUACAAAAUAAAAAUGACGACGUUCUUCCAACGAAAUAACUGAAACAGUUGCUGCUGUCUUUAACAAUAACAAGUAGCCUUCUGCAUCCAGAGGCCAUAAACUAUGCAGGUUAAAAUGUGAUUUCACCUUUACUGUGUGUCUUUUUUUUUUUUACAUAGAUUUUUCCCAUUCAUUUAUUUAAUUGAGCUACUUCUAUGCACCCUUCAAUGUUAGAAAUAUCAAUUUUGCCAAUGGCUCUUCUAUCUAAUGUGUUAAGUUUUAGUCUUUUAAUCCAAAUGUGCACAUAAAUAACACUGUUCUGUAUACUUGUGCACUUUGAUACGUAGCUUCAAACUAAAUGCUGUCAAAUGUGAACAUAAUCAAUGCAAAUAACUCUGAGAAUUAAACCUCUUUCU